GUUCGUGGCGAUGAACGCGAUGCGUCUUAAGCGCCAGGGCAUCACGCACAUCCUGAACGCCGCAGAGGGAAACUCCUUCAUGCACGUCAACACCAACGCUGAGUUCUACGCCGGUACGGGCAUCAUCUACCACGGCGUGCCGGCCAGCGACACCGACCACUUUGACAUCAGCGUCUACUUUGAAGAGGCAGCAGACUUUAUCGAGAAGGCACUGGCAUACAAGAAUGGAAAAGGUAAAGUGUACGUUCACUGCAGGGAAGGCUACAGCCGCUCGCCUACCUUAGUCAUAGCCUACCUGAUGCUUCGCCAAAACAUGGACGUCCACACCGCCCUGGCUAUGGUGCGUCAGAAAAGAGAGAUUGGACCCAACGAUGGCUUCCUCCGGCAGCUCUGUCUGCUAAACCAGCGGCUGGCUGCAGAGGGAAAGUUCUGGAACAAAUGAGGCAGACGAGGAAGACUGUCUGUGCGAGAGAACAAAAGUACUGUAUGCACAAUUGCACAUCACUUUCUUUCACUUGUUCUACAGCUUUAACGAGCCGCAGAGCUGUGAGAUGUUCUAGAUGUGAGUAUCGUGGAUAAUGAAAGGCUGACAGCACUGAGUGUAUGUAUAGUACAAAACACUACAUACAGUAUUUUCAACUAACACUGGUGAUACCAUAUACUGAUCAUACAAUGUAAUGUGUAGAACCAGGUGCACUGCAUUCACUGUAUUCUGAAUAUUAUAUUUAUCUUGGUUCAGGUCCACGUGACAUUUAAUAAUCAGUAAGUGUAUUUUUAUGUCCUGUAUAGUCUGAUGUGUUUUCCUGCUGCUUACUACUCCAGAGAACAAUAUCAAAGUAUGAAGGGAAUGCUCAUUUAAAUACACUCACUGUGGGGAAGAAAUGAUGGUGUAACUGAUGUGAUGCUGUCAUCGCCUUUUCUCAUCCAGCCUCCAUCUCUCUUCCCCCUCCUGGCAUUGUGCCCUUUGUCUUAGCCUCACUCUUGCAGACACUGCCGAUUCUCUCAGUCCCAGACACUCCCAGAGGGGAUUUCAAGUGGACACUGUGAUUUUUUAAUGUUGAAUCGAUUGAACUUUCAGGGUACAGAAGGAUGACAUUAAAAUCAUUUUUGUCGUUUUAGAAAACUGCACCGUCUUCGACCUACAGUAUAUUGCACUCAAGUCUAGAAGCCUUCCUCAGAAGUUUGUCUCAGUCAGAAAUGUGUCAUGCUGUUAUGGUGCUUUAUAGGAAUAUUUUGACACUAUUUCAUACCGCAAGAUUUCUACUAGUAAAAUUGAGAUGUUUUGAUAUUAUCGGAACAGCAAGGAAAACAAGGAAUAGUUUGGCAUUUUAGAAAUAUAUUCGAUGCUUUCUUGCCCACAGUUAGAUGAGAGGAUUGCUACCACUCAUGUCUGUGAGAUGAAUACGAAGCUAACGCCCGUAGAUAGUUAGUUUAGCUUAGCACAAAGACUGGAAACGGGGAAAAGCUAGCCUGGCUCUGUCUAAAAGUAAUAAAAUCUGCUUGUGAAGCUAGUAACUAACAUAUUAUAUCUCAUGGGUUUAAUCCAUCUAAAAACAAAAUGUACUAUAAUGUAUAAAACGUGUUGUUUUUACUGCGCAUACGUAAAUAAAAGUGUGAAUUAGUGACCUUUACAGGUGCUGGUUACCUUUGGAGAGAGCCAUGCUAGCUGUUUCUUGAUGUUUCAAGUCUUUGUGCUUUUUGGGAAGUGAUGUGUCUCACAUUUUUACACUAAGCGGCUCUUGACAAUUCAUUCUGCACACAUGCCCUGUCAGGUUGCUGAAGGUAUUUGACCUAAUGACUUAAUGCCAAAUGUUCCAGUGAGUGAAACCAAGCCACUAAAGUCUCUGAUUGUAAUUUAGACACUGCCAGAAUGUGAGAUACAUUUGCCAGUAACUUGAACAUUAUUAGAUAACCUCUCAGUCAACACCUUUUGCACAUUAGUGUGUGUACAUGUGUGUGUUUUUGUAUAGUACAGUAGAGUAGAAUAGAGUUUAAGCAGUUUUAUAUUGUACAGCAGCAUGCUUUGUAAUAUACAUGUGUUGUUUAUAUUCCUCUUAUAGCACAGCAGCUAUGUAUCUAUGUAUAUUUAUUAAGUCAUAGUGUGCAUUAUUGAGUGUGCAUUAUCUAUCAUAGUGUGCAUUAUUGAGCCUGUAACUUGUGAAUCAUCAUGUGCAUUACUGAGUAGGAUGUGAUGUAAUUGGUCAUGUCAGUAGGCUUUCAUUGAGUCUCACAGAUUAUGACACUGCUUAUAUGAAGUGCACUUUAUCUAAUGACACUUGUGAUUGUUGUUGCUCUCUUUUCAUACAUUCAGAUGUAUAUAAUAAAUUUAAGAUGACAUGGC